AUGUCCGAUAGGCAGAGGGUACUAGUUCUCGGAGCUACUGGUGAGACUGGGAGGUCGAUUCUGAAUGGGCUGCUUGAAUCCAACGACUUUGGCAUUAAGAUUUGGUCCAUAGGUCUUGACCAGUCUAGUGAGCUCGUGACUGCACUGACCGGGGUAGAUACCCUCAUCAGCGCCAUUGGACCAAAUGAUCUACUGCAGCAAAAGAAGCUCCUCCAAUCUGCGAAGCUUGCAGGUGUCAAACGAAUUGUUCCGUGUGCUUUCAUCACGGUCGCACCUCCACAGGGUGCUAUGCGGCUUCGCGACGAGAAAGAAGAGGUCUACAAUGCCAUCAAGUUCUUGGGUAUCCCUUAUACAGUGAUUGAUGUCGGCUUUUGGUAUCAAAUCUCGUACCCGUAUCUCCCAUCGGGUAGACUGGAUUACGCACAAAUCUUUCCGGUCAAAACCAUCCACGGCGACGGAGAAGCUCCUAAUAUUCUGACCGAUCUCCGAGACAUCGGAUGUUUCGUCGCUCGCAUCAUUCGCGAUGAUCGGACCCUCAACAAAUACGUCUACACAUCGGGAGAUGUCCUUUCCGAGAACGAAAUCUUCCGUAUCGCAAAAGAACUCUCUGGGGAGGAGCUGGAGCCAACCAUCGUGAGUCGUGUUUCGUGA